GAGGGGCGGGGCGGGCGUGGGGGAGCGCCGAGCCCGGUAGCUGCAGCGGACGCGCCAGUGCCUUCGCCGCGGGCCGGAGACUCCGCGGUCCCGUUAUGGAGCAGCCCCGGAAGGCGGUGGUGGUGACCGGGUUCGGCCCUUUUGGGGAGCAUACCGUGAAUGCCAGCUGGAUCGCAGUCCAGGAGCUAGAGAAGCUGGGACUGGGUGAUAGUGUGGACCUGCACGUGUACGAGAUCCCGGUGGAGUACAGGACGGUGCAGCAGCUCAUCCCUGCACUAUGGGAGAAGCACAGCCCGCAGCUGGUGGUGCAUGUCGGGGUGUCGGGCAUGGCGACCGCAGUCACACUGGAGAAAUGCGGGCACAACAAGGGCUACAAGGGCCUGGACAACUGCCGCUUCUGCCCCGGCUCCCAGUGCUGUGUGGAGGAUGGGCCGGAGAGCAUUGACUCCAUUAUUGACAUGGACGCCGUCUGCAAGAGGGUCACCACCCUGGGGCUGGACGUGUCGGUGACCAUCUCGCAGGAUGCCGGCAGGUACCUCUGUGACUUCACCUACUAUACCUCCCUGUACCAGAGCCACGGCCGCUCAGCCUUCGUUCAUGUGCCGCCAUUGGGCAAGCCCUACAACGCGGACCAGCUGGGCAGGGCGCUGCGGGUCAUCAUCGAAGAGAUGCUGGACUUGCUGGAGCAGUCAGAAGGCAAGAUCAGCUGCUGCCAUGAACCCUGAGCACUGUCCAGAGCGAGGAUCCACUCUCCUGGGGCUCUGCACUCCGCCUCCUCUCCCUCCUGCUUGGCAGCGCCCUGCUUGGAAGGAGCCCAGGACUCAGGGGCCAGGGCCAGGGGGGCCACUGUGGUCCCUUUGCCAGGUUGGCGGCGGGUAGACCAGCUGGUCCAAUCUGAACGUCCCAUCAGGAGCCUGGUCCCUUAAAUAGACCUCUUAAAAGGGGCAGCCUCGGGCAGGCAGCUUUUGGGUUGACUGGAUUUCCCUUCCUCUCCUUUUUUUGCUCUGUUUUGUUUUGAGGCAGGGUCUCAGUAGGUAGCCCAGGCUGGCCUCAGAUUCACAGUGACUGUCCUGCCUCAGUCUCCCAAGUGCUGGGGCCACAGGUGUGCACCACCAGCCCGGCUCUUACUGCUUUUUUCUCUUCCCUGCCCGCUGCACCCCAAAGCGGUAGUGCUGCUGGGGGACACAGUGGGUGACUUAUAUUCCCUUGGGCUGAAACCUUGGCUUUGGCCAACAUUAGUGUCUUUCUCCUGAGGUGCAGCCUCUUUGCCCUUGGCCCCAAACCGAACCCCAGACCUGACAUCUUAGAUUUGGGACCAAGAACAAGGGCCCUCCUCCCACCUUGCUCUGAGUGGCAGCCUGGGCCUGGCCAUGGGACUGGGUCCUUUGAGGCCCAAUAGCAGGCACAGGCCGCUGGGCUCAGGGACCCUCCAAAAAGCAGCUCCUGUCCACCUGUGACUUGUCACUGGCCACAGCGGAGCCCGGCAUGCCCGGGCUUGUUUGGGGGCAGCCCCUGGCCGAUGGCUCUGGAGACAGUGGGAGCAUGUGAUCGUCCUGCUCCCUGCAGACUUUGAGCCCAGCAGGCCCAGAGUGAGGGUAAUAUCGCCUGGAAUAGCACAGUGCAGCCCAGUCUUGAUUCCAGCUGGAGUGGGGAGCUGUCAGAGUGCCCUGGAGGUGGCCGGAGACCAGUGUGGUGUGUUGGGGCCACCUCGGCUCUGCUGCAAGGGCAGUGGUGCCCCUCAGUCCGGCUCCCUGGGGCGUGGCCCAUAGGUUCCCCAUGGUGGACCUGUGGGAAGCCCCUUUGUGGCUGAGGGUGUCUCCACCAGGGCGUGGUCCUGGUAGCCCAGGAACGUGUCUAGGGCUGGCAGCGGGAAGGCAGGAGGCAGUUCCAAGUGUUGCUCGUGGGAGAGCAGGGAUCCAUGCUGGAGAGAGAUGAGGGGACGGGACGGUGGCAUUCUGUGCCAGUCCCUGGGGACAGGAGGACAGCAGUGGUGCACAGAGGACCUUUGAGCAGUGGCUUGCAGGAGGAAUGAGGGGCCACUGGCAGGAGGAGCAGGAGCUGGGCACCACUGGGCUAAGCAGGGACAGUCCCAUCCCUGAGGAUGGGGUCAGGACUCAGUGGGUUGCUCAGUGUGGAGCAGAGCCAGUGUCCCCCAGAGUCACUCAGUUGGCCAGGCUGGGCUUGAACUUGCAGUCCUCCUGCCUCAGCCUCCGGGGUGCUGGAUAGUGGGCUCUGGCUGCCUUUGAGAGUGAGAAGUUCAUGCCAGAAGCCAGGCUCGAGCCCCCCACAGCACACAGGGUGACAGCAGCCAGGAGCAGGGGGCGCUGCUGUCUCGCCAGGUGACCUCUGACCUCCCCUGCCUGUGAGUGUCUGAACCCGGGAGUCCUCCAGGUCGUUGGGGACCGGGCCUUGUUCUCUGGUCCCCAGCCUGUGGCCUGAAACCCAAGGGGACAGUGGCAAAGGGCUUUGUCUUUCUCCCUGGGGGGAGGGGACCUGUCUCUGUCUUAUCCUUGGUUUUGGGGACCUGGGGGGCAUAGCCUCACAUAUGCCCAUGAGCACUUGACAGUAAGCCCUGCCCCAGCCCCUUUUUAAGGUUUUAUUAAAGCUGGGAUCUCACCGUGUAGCCCAGGGUAGCCUGGCGGUCCAUAUCCUCCUGCCUCAGCUUCCCCAUUAGCUGGGGUGACCGGAACAUCUUUCCUCAUCCUGAGGGCCCCCUUCCCCCAGCUGGCCUUGCGCUGGGCUCUGCCCACUGCCAUUCCCCCUCCCACCCACUCCAAGAACCCACAUGAUCUGGGCCCCGAUAUCUCAGGUUUUUGCCCCCACUGAAGUCUCUAGGAAACCCCUGCUGCCCAUGGCGACUGAUUUCAGUCCCCAGAGAGGCCCCCCUGUAGCUUCUUCCUGGCCCCCCGAGUCAGGGACCCCUGGGCUCCUGGAGACCCCACACCUGGCGUCCUGGAAAGCAAAUAAAGCUUGAUGUCCCCA